CAUGCUGGCAGCAUGGCACAGAUUGGCCUUUGUAUGGGGGCGCGGCAUGCCAAAGUCCUUGGCAAUGCUGUUAGCUUCAAAUCAAAUAUUAGGAAGCACAAGGAGCUAUGCGAUGCCAACGAUGAAGACAUUAUAGGUGCUAUGGCGGUUAUAUGGGGCCUUGUCUGUGCCAAUAUGCCUUCUGAGGUCCUCAAGGAUAUCCAGGAGUCAAUGGAGGAAGCCCAGAUGCCCCGUCUGUCUACCCUGAGGAUCAGUGAAGGUGGCACUGGGUAUCACAUCAAGGUUGGGGGUCAGCAGUUUGAUUACCCUGCUGCCAUGCGGUCUCCCCCACAAGGUGUUAUUACCAAGGGCUAUAUUGCGUAG